AUGAAGGAGUUUAGCUGUUGGCUGAGGAUGUGCUGCGCUAAAGAACAGGACGAGGAGGUGCAGGAAAACGGAGGUGAUGAUGAGAAGAGCUUGAAAAGCAGAAGAAGUUGGACGUCCCUUCCUGCUGAGGCAGAUCUGGACCAGUCCCACUCAUCUGUCUCUGGGCCUCAGCCUCACUGGUUCCACACUCUGCAGGUUAGACGAUUCCCACGAGGACGCAGCAACAGCGACCACCUGAGAACAACGAGCGUGCAGGAGCUGUUCACCCGGAAAGCGGGUCUGGAGUUUGGAGCUGCUCAGUCGUACCUGAGUCUGGAGAAGCUGGGAGAAGGAGCAUUCGCCUCUGUCUACAAAGGUGUCAGCAGGAUAAAUGGGCAGCUGGUGGCUCUGAAGGUGAUUCGUAUGAGAACUGACGAAGGAAUCCCAUUCACCGCCAUCAGAGAAGUUUCUCUGCUCAAACGCCUGAAACACGCCAACAUUGUUCUCCUGCAUGACAUCAUCCACACCAGUGAGACGCUUACAUUUGUCUUCCAAUAUGUGCAGACAGAUCUGGCCCAGUACAUGAUCCAGCACCCUGGAGGUCUGCACUCUCACAACGUGCGGAUCUUCAUGUUCCAGUUGCUGCGAGCGCUCAACUACAUCCACAGUCGCAGGAUCCUGCAUCGAGACCUGAAACCUCACAACCUGCUCAUCACCUAUCAAGGAGAACUGAAACUGUCGGACUUUGGUCUGGCUCGGUCCAAGUCCGUCCCUAGUCAGACAUUCUCUUCUGAAGUGGUGACGCUGGGGUACCGAGCGCCCGAUCUCCUGCUGGGAUCUACAGAUUACACUACAGCUCUGGACGUGUGGGCAGCGGGCUGUAUCUUUGUCGAGAUGCUGCAGGGGUCGCCAGCAUUUACAGAAGGUUCUGAUGAGCUGGAGCAACUGCAGAACAUCUGGAUGGUCCUGGGUGUCCCCUCUGAGGACAGCUGGCAUGGAGUCAGCCUGCUGCCUUAUUACAGGCCAGAACAGUUUCAACACUGGAGGCCAAAGCUGUUUAGAACUGUGUGGAAAAGAUUGGAACAGCUGCCUUCCAAAACUGAAGACCUGGUUCAGAAGAUUCUUGUGAUGGUUCCCUCAGAGCGGCUCUCGGCUCAGGAAGCUCUACAGCACCCAUAUUUCAGCACACUUCCUAUCUCCAUCAUGCACCUUAGAGACACUGUUUCCAUCUUUACAAUCCCUGGAGUUCAUCUCGAGACAGAGUUCAGAGAUAUGUUCAACCCAGGACAGAGGGUGAAACGAUCUCUGCUUAUGGCUGCAAAACACUGGUGA